UUAAGUACUAUAGUAAUUGUGAGGAUGUGUUUUUAUUUAUACAGAUGCAAUUUUACCUGAGGCCAGAAAUAUUUUAGUUAAUACGGCGAAUGUGCUAAGGACACAUCGGUUGUCAGAAACAUACACAGUUACGUCCGCUGUCCAAGGAACAAUAGAAAAGCUGAGAAAGUAUAAACUUUCCGUUUUAGUAGGUUAUGGUGGAGAAGGAAAAACAACGACAGCUUAUGAAGUAAUGUGUCAUAUGUUAGAAAACUCAACAGAAAAUCCCCUUACACCCGUUGAAAUAAAAUAUCCAGAGGAAUGGAACAAAGUAGUUAAUGCCUAUGGGAAUUUUAUAGUUUUCCUUGAUGAUUUUAUGGGUUCCUUUAAUCUAGAUACCGAUGCAAUGGAAAAAUGGAAAAAUCACGUAAAUUUUAUUUUUCCCUCAAUAAAAGGGAGAAAUAUAUAUCUAAUGUUUGGGAUAAGGAAAAAUGUAAUGGAAGCAGCAAAGAACCGUUACCAAGUCCAUGAACUUUUUAAGGAGAAGUAUAUAAUUGACUUCUCCAAAGAAUUUGCAUUGUCGGAAAAGGAAAAAUUAGCAAUGCUAGAAGCUUUUGAAAAGAAAUAUAUUAAUAGAAAUACCAGUUUGCAAGGCAAAGAAAUGAAUGGGCAUCAAAAAGAAAAUGUUACAGAAAAAAUGAGCCAAUUAUCAGACUUGGAUAAAAAAAAAAUUGUCCAGUCUAAUCCUUUUUAUGGUUUUCCUCUCACAUGUUUCCAGUUUUUUACAAUACGAGGUUGCUAUGAACUUGGGCCUGCAUUUUUUUUGCGCCCAAACCGAGAGCUUUUUACAAGAAUAGAAAACAUGCGCACUUCGAACGACAUAUACGAAAAAAUACGUUACACAGUUUUGUCGUAUAUUUUUGUACAUGGAUCUAUUUGUCUUCAAAACUUUGAUAUUGCCUUGUAUGAGACCGUUUGCGUAAAAGUACGUUUACAAAACAUCAGGGAAAUUGAAAUACAGGAUGCUAUACAUUCAAUGGAUGGGUCAUUUCUUUCAGAAUCAUCAAUUAAAGGAAAAUACAUGUUUUCACAUGACACAAUUUUAGAGACAAUUUUAGUGUCAUAUGGGCAAUUAGCACCCGAUGUUGUAAUCAAAAUAUGUAGUAGACAAAAAUUGCAAGAACUGCUCCGAACCGAAAACUGUGAGAUGAAGCAGCAUGAAGUUGCUCUGAAGAUUAAAAAAGCAAACUUCAGUGAUCUUUGCCAGAUAAUGUUGUAUGGAGAUGAUGCCGAUGAUAUCAUAUCAGAUCCGUUUCUUGCAGCUCGAAACAUAGCUUGGCAUCCUGCCUCCACUGAUCCAAAUUUUGUGACUCAUCUUUUACAUUUCGAUGCUUCAGAAAGACUGAUUGACGUUAUAUCAAAUCUGGUGAAAGUAUUACCAUUUUGUCCACAAAAAGAACCGACAUUGCUUUUUAUGUUGUUGGAAGAUUUUGGUCCACACAUCACAAAUCUUGAAGAAUCAAAAAAACCUACCAUAACUGAUGUAACUAUUUUAAAAUUAGUUUUAGAAAUUGUGCAGUUUGCAUGUGAUAAGGAGAAAUAUAUUUUAUGUAUACUGAGAUAUGUUCAGAAAUAUAGAAAUUUUGAAAAUCUUGUAGAUGCAAAAAUCGGAGGACAGUCUUUUCAUACCCUCUCUCUCUUUCACUAUUGUGUACUCCAUGGCUGGAGUAAUGCUGUGGAUUUUAUCCUUCAGUAUAAAAAUCCAAUAAAAACUGGAGAAAAUUGGUCAUGUGCUCAUUUAGCAGCAUACGCAGGACGUUUUGAAUUACUGUGCAAGUUUGAAGCUCUUGAUCAGAAUAUAGAAAGAUUAGACAGAACAAAUGAAGGUUAUACUGUAUUACAAACUGCAAUGUUUGGUCUCAGAUACGGACAUGGUGAGGUCUACAAACCUUCUUACAGCAUGAAUACAGGCGCGAUUUAUUCUUUUCAUUUUAACAUUGUAUUUCCAGGGGAGGAAAGCUUUAAAAACGUGUUGAUUUUUGUGCUUCAAGUUGGGGAUACUAAAACAACACCAAAUGACGUCGAAAUAUGUGUGGAUGAUAUUCCGGAUAAAAAUGCCGUUACACAUGCUUUAGUCAAUAACUCUCAGUAUGUUACCGAUAGGCUUACGUGUUACUGUGAUCCAACAAAAAAGAGUGGAAAUAAUAUAGUGUUUUACUUGACUAUACAUAAUUAUGCAGAUAUCCUCGUUCUGUUACUCAAAGAAAAUAGAGGUAUUGCGCUUUACAGGAAUGAAAAUGAGCUGCCUACCUCAUUGCACUUGGCUUCAUAUCUUGGUAGAUGUAAAAUUUUGAAAAUAUUGUUGGAAUGUGGAGUAUUUGUUCAAACCCCUGACUUGGAAAUGUCUCUGCUGGAAGCACUCAGAAGUGGUGAGAAACUCUCUGGAAGGACUUUGCAAUAUGACAUGAUUAAGCAUGAAACUGAUUGGAAAUCUUGCUGGAAUGAUGGUGAGAAUGAAGUUCUGGAUUUCAAGCUUAAAUCAUUUACGUUUGUGAAAAUUCGCUUUGGCAAUGCCUGUGACUUUAGAGAUACAAGUGAUUAUAUACGAAGGAACAGAGAGUUUGGUUCACUAAAGACAUCUUCAGUGCACAAAGAAUUAGAGCGUGUUUAGUAUCACUCUUAAGACUGUGAAGCUUAGACUAUGCAGCCGAAGAAAAAUUUUGGUAUCGAUUUCGCUGACUUCAUUAAUACAGGUACCGGUCUUUAAAGAGACUACACAUUUUAUUCUUAUAAUAUACUGAAAGGAAAAAAAAUGCGGGAUAGCAUAAUAUUCAAAAAAAUUUUUGACUGCAUAACCGAAAAUUACGAAAGUUGGUCAGAAUGUUUGAUACUAUGCACUAAAAUUAGUGUUCAUAAUUAUACUCAAUCGUAAAUUGUGCACUUAAAAUACUAAUAGUUAAUGUUUAAGCAAAUUUUAGAUUUGAUACAAAAUUAUUUAACUUGGUUGAAUAACUUUAUGUUGAUGACUUCACUUCAGCAUCUGAGAUAUAGACGUUUUACAUAUGACCCUAAGGGGUACGUUAAAUGCAACAAAAUGGAGUCCAAGUUUGUAUCCUGAUUAAAAAUAAUUUUCAACAUAAACAUAUUGGUCUUUUUAUAGUUAUUUGAUUAGUUAUUAGAAGUAUAAGAUUUUUCUAAUUCCUGUGCAAGAUGAGGAACUUUAUUUUAGUUAUUUAAAGCUGAACACUACUCGUAAAUAGGCAUAGUCCGCCAUAUUUCCCGUUGUUGUUCAACGUUCACCCUACAACCCAUAUAUAAGAAGCAGAUCCCUAAUCAGUUCAAUGUA